UUCACAGGGGCUUUGGAGUGUCUCGGUCCAGAGGCCCCGGGGAAUGAAACAAAGACAUGAUGCUGCCACCUUCAGAGUUGGAUGACCAGGACCCAUAGACCCAGACUCUUAGCUUCUUUUUUUUUUUAUCUGGCUAAAACAGCAGCUUGCUGCGUGUGUACACGAGCAGCGUGUGCAUGUGUACGUACUGGACGUGUGCACGAGCCUGCGUCUUUGUAUUGUUUGUUUUUAGUCGGGUAAGCCACGCCAGACGUUCCCUGUCCCCUAAAGGAUGAAAAAAAUAAAUAAAAGUUAAAGCCAUGGGAUUACCCGCGCAAUGAACGAUGGAUCAUAACCCCGCUGCUGCUGACUCUGUAGCAGGGAGGGAGUGGGAAAGACGAAGGGAAAAAGAGAACUCGACCGGAACACGGUGCUUUUCUGUUGCCAUCAUCACUACGGAGCCUGUCUACCGGUAGCCAUGGCAACCCUGUACCUCUCGCCUCACACGCCUUGUUUUCCAUUGUUUUACAGCGAGCGCAGCCGGGAUCGCCACAAGUCUCGCAGUAAGGACGGCAGCCGCUCCGAGAAGUCUGUCACCAUCAACGCUCCGCCUGCAGAGCCGCUGCUGGGAGAUUCAUCUGUACGAGGAGAAGAGGUGCAGGAUGACAACUGGGGCGAGACCACCACGGCCGUCACGGGCACGUCGGAGCACAGCCUCUCGCAGGAGGACAUUGUGCGCAUCACCAAGGACCUGGAGGACAGCGUAGGCCUGGACUGCCGGCGCUACCUGGCCCUGACCCUGGGUGUGGUGACGGGCCUCCUGGUGUUCCUCACGCCGCUGGCCUUCCUGGCGCUGCCCCACCUGCUGUGGCCGUCGCGGCUGCAGCCGUGCGGCACGGCGUGCGAGGGCCUGUUCAUCUCCGUGGCGUUCAAGCUGCUCAUCCUGCUGCUGGCCGCCUGGGCGCUGUUCUUCCGGCCGCGGCGCGCAGGCCUGCCGCGCGUCUUUGCGUUCCGGGCGCUGCUCGCCGUGCUGGUGCUGCUGUUUGUGGUCUCCUACUGGCUGUUCUACGGCGUGCGCAUCCUGGAUACGCAGGAUGAGAACUACCAGGGCAUCGUGCAGUAUGCCGUGUCCCUGGUGGAUGCGUUGCUGUUCAUCCACUACCUGGCCAUCGUGCUGCUGGAGCUCAGGCAGCUGCAGCCCUGCUUCUCCCUGGGCGUCACGCGCUCCACGGACGGGGAGACGCGCCACUACAACCUCGGCCAGCUCAGUAUCCAGCGGGCAGCGCUGGCCAUCUUGGAGAACUACUACAGGGACUUCCCGGUCCACAACCCCGCCCUGCUGACCGCCUCCAAGACCCGAGCGGCCAAGCAUCUGGCCGGCCUCAAAGUCUACAACGUGGAUGGUGAGUUCCCGGCGUCGCCCACGGGCCCUGGCAACAACGCUGCGGCUGGAUUGGCUCAUUCCCAGUCGCGGGCCAUGAUCGCCGCCGCCGCCCGCCGCAGGGACACCAGUCACAACGAGCUCUACUACGAGGAGGCGGAGCACGAGAGGCGUGUCCGCAAACGCAAGGCGCGGCUGGUGGUGGCGGUAGAGGAGGCCUUCACCCACAUCAAGCGCAUGCAGGAGGAGGACCAGAAGAAGGCCCCGGGGGACGUGAUGGACCCCCGCGAGGCCGCCCAGGCCAUCUUCCCCUCCAUGGCGCGCGCCCUGCAGAAGUACCUCCGUACCACCAAGCAGCAGCACUGCCACAGCAUGGAGAGCAUCCAGCAGCACCUGGCCUUCUGCGUCACCAACAACAUGACGCCUAAGGCCUUCCUGGAGAGUUACCUGACCCCCGGCCCUACCCUGCAGUACGGGCGAGAGCGAUGGCAGGCCAGACAGUGGACCCUGAUCAGCGAGGUGUCCGUCACCAGCGGCCUGAAGGAGGGCGGCACCUUCCUGCUCAAGUGCAUAGACUUCAGCCUGGUGGUGACCACCAAGAAGAUCCCCUACAUCCAGCUCUCUGAGGAGUACAUCGACCCCAAGUCGCACAAGUUUGUCCUGCGGCUACAAUCAGAAACCUCAGUCUAGAACUGUCUGCAUCGCGUCCUUUUUUAUUGUCCCCCCUUUCGUCUUAUUUUCUAUCAAAGGUUUUUAUUUGGGGUUUGCAGUUUUUUUUAUAUAUAUAUAUAUAUAUAUAUAUAUAUUACAUAUGAAUAUAAAUUACACACAGUUUGAAUACAUUGUUCUUUUUUAUCUUUGGUUUCUCUGAGUUGUUUUUGAAGAAGAAGAAACUACGAAUAUUUCGGAGGAGUUUGACGCAGACCUCUUUGACGGUGGACCUGUACAGAUGUGUGUGUUGGUCUACGUGUGUCUGUGCAGUCUCUUGUCCCUCCCCUGGAAGACUCUGUAGCUGAGCCGACGUGUAGGGAGGGAGGGAGGGAGGGGAGCGCUGGGUUUCGACUCAUCACAAGGGAACAUCAUGUGAAAUAUCACCCUGAUGUGUCAUGUGACACCGUUGCCAUG